AUGUAUACUUCAGCAAACGACUAAUUAAAUUCAUAAUUUAAUAACAAGAUAACUUUCUAUGAAUAGUAUAAGCAGCCAUUAAGAUUUCUUUAAAGAACUCUUGUCCCUAUUUCAAUCACUGCAAUGUGUGGGACUAUAACUUAUCCAAUAGCUGUUAGGAUUACUAGAUCUAGAAUAUUUAAGCUGAGAAACUUUUAUGCUAUUCAUAUUGCUAUAGCUCCAUUUUUAUCAGUAAUACAUCUAAAUAUAUUCGCUGCUCUGCAUAUGUACUUUAACAUCAAAUAAAAAGAAGAUGAUAAGAUUACUACAAAGAUUGAGUAUGGCUAAUACUAUAACAUUUUAAAAGAAAAAUUGCUUAAAAAAGAAUUUAAGACUCAAUCGAUUGAAUAUCUUUAAAAAUUUGAGAAUAGUAAAGAGAGAAAAGAACUGUACGACAGAUUAGAUUAGAUUGAAAAAGAUGAUUAUAAAAUUGGUUAUGAUCUUAAAUAGUAUCUUAAAAACAGGUUUUGA